AUGUUCUGGCUUCCGACUCUCCUCGGCCGGACUGCCUGGUGCGACGAGAUGGUGACCGACUACACAGCGUACAACGGCGCCGAGUACGGCAUCUUCCCGCGGCUGAAGUUCAAGUCGAUCGACACGGACGCGCCGAUGUUGCAAGCGAGCACGUGGAACAAGGAGGCAAUGUCGAAGACGGGAUCGCACAUCUUCUUGCGACACGAUGGCCACCACGAACCUGAGAAACCGCUGGAUUCGGCGCUGCUGAUCUUGAGCGCCGAGGACCUCAGCGUUGUUUAUAUCAACCGCAGCUUCGAGGCCAUAUUCGAUGUGCGUGUGCAGCAGGACUUCAACAAGAGCUAUCUGACCUUCUAUGGCGGACCCAUGACGGAGGUUGGGCUUGGAAACGGUUACGCUCCUGCGUACGAUGAGAACUAUAAAGAAGUCUACCGCAUUGCGCCCCAGAAUCUCAGCGUCAAGGGUGAUAUCCACGAAUGCCAAUUCAUUGGCAAUGGAAGCGUCAUGGUCACGGCGCACGAGACCAUACCAUGGGACUUAAGCCAUAUACGGGGAGGCGCGAAGCUGGCCGCAAUCGUAGACAGCGUCUUCCAAGAGAUCGAGCUCGAGACGAACAGGGUACUCUUCCAAUGGCGAAGUUUUGACCACAUCGACAUGGCAGGAUCAUACGAGAAAAUCAGCCGACGAUGGGAUUACUUCCACCUGAACAGCAUCCAAAAGAGCAGAGCAGGCAACUACCUCCUCUCCGCGCGCCACACGCACGCCAUCUACCUCAUCAACGGCACGACAGGCGAAGUGAUCUGGACGCUCGGCGGCGCGAAGAAUGACUUCGUCGAGCUGGCGCCCUUUGGCGACAACAGCACGCUCGAGGCCAGUAACCCGGCCCUGAGCAUGGCGUGGCAGCACCACGCGCGGUUUUACGAAGACAACGAGAGCGAGAUCACCCUUUUCGACAAUCACGUGCUGGAUUACAACGGGUACAACUGCAAGCAGAACUGCUCGCGCGGACUCCACCUCCGACUGGACAACGCGGCCGAGCCGAAGACGGUGCGUAUCCUCGGCGAGUACCUGCACCCGCAGGGUCUGCAAAGCCAGAGCCAGGGCAGCAUGCAGGUGCUCGACGAGGGCAACGUGUUUGUGGGCUGGGGACGCAAUCCCAGUUUCACGGAGCACACGAAGGACGGCGAGGCGGUGCUCAGCGUGCAGUUCUCGCCGUGGCGGUCGGCGGCUACACGUGGAGACGGGCUGGACAAUUACCGCGCUUUCAAGAUGGACUGGAAUGCCACGCCGUACUGGCCGCCGGACAUCGCUGUUGAGACGCAGGGUGGGAAUGGGAGUAGUAUCGCUUAUGUGAGCUGGAAUGGGGCUACGGAGGUUAGGUAUUGGGCUUUGCUCGCCAGCAACUCCACCUUGGACCUUAACGGCGCCGCCAACGUCGUCGCCAAGCUGCCACGCAGCGGCUUCGAGACUGUCAUACCCCUAAGCCCCAUCGAAGCGCGAUAUGCGCGCGCCGCCGUGCUCGACAUCAACCACAACAUCAUCGGCUCGACGCGCGUCUUCGACGUCGCCGCCGGAGACAUCCAUGCCACCAACUACAGCAUCACCGACGUGGGCAGUCUGGUCACGACGGAGGUCGCCACCGCGCUGGCAUCGAAGGUUCCGUCUACGGGGUUGGGAUGGAAUGUAGCAAUCGGCGGCGUCGUGCUUUGCGCGCUGGCGUUGGCGGGUGUGUCGUUCUGGCGCACCAAGUUGGCGGACUGGGCGGUUGUGAGGGCGAAGGUCAUGAGGAUUUGGCGUUCCACGCGUCUGAAGGGGCUUUCGACUAGGCUUCAUAGGAACUGUAUGGAGGAGGGCGGCAUUGGCAAGAGGCUUGACGAGGAGAGAACGCCUAUGAAAGCCGAGUUUGCGGCGCGGGAAGCCCAGAAAGCUACUGACGAAUGGACCCCCGCUCCUUUCCUCCAGUCGUGGUACAGAUUACGACACAGCACAUUCGGUGCAUGCAAUGAGGUCGUCGGCUUCUUCUUCGGCAUUCUAGAUCCCGACCUGCGCGAGCAGUACGUCAAGGUUGCCAGUGAGGUUAGCAAACUGGGGUACAUCCCCUUCGAGUGCCGUCGCCGAGACGAGAUGUUCGUCAUGAGAGCCGCGCUUAUCAACGUCAUGACGAACGAACACAAGGAUAACGGCGACUGGCAACACGGGCUCGCGGGUCUCGUCCCGGUCGGUGACUACCAAGGCGGCGACCUCGUCCUACGAGAGCUCGGCCUCCAGACCGAGAGCAAACCGGGUUGUGUCCAGCUACUGCAGGGACGCGAACUGCGGCACUCCAUCACGAAAUACCUAGGCCAAAGAUUUGUGGUGGUAAACACAACCCACGAGGCGGUGAGGCGCUGGGCCUUUCGGCAGAUGGGCGAGCCGGUCAAGACGGACCUCACCAGUAUUGUAGAGAGCUGCGGCAACAUCUGGCCAGAAGACACCCUACCGGAAAACCAGAGAAUACUCAUGGAGCAGAGUAGUGAUGAUCCGAGCACGGGUUGGGCUGUAAAGAGGCAACGAAAGGCGUAG